GGUUGUACGAGGGCAAUAUAAUAACAGAUAUACCACGCACCACCAGUACCUAUGCACAUCGAUGACUGCAUUCUGGACCUAUGAUUAUGCUUGUUCACUACACGAAGAGUGUACAUUCCUCCUUCAAUCACGCUGGACCAAGGUAAAAGGCCUUUAUGUCAUCACAUGACAUGCCUCCUUUGCUUCCUCGCCGCCGAGCUAUCUUAGUACUUCACCCCGAACGGGAACCCCUACAACAUAUGCGCUCUGGAACAACAAUAGAAUCGCACUCGCAGCAAUGUUGUCCGCCUUUCUUUCAGGCUGCUGCGGUUGGAUAUAUCGUCAUUUUUUCCAUCACCGCUAUCACAUCACAAGUUGCGACCAUCGCAAUUCCAGGCAUCACAGGCAGCUCUGCCCACUCGAUAUGGUGUCUCAUUGGCGCGGGUCUGCUGUUCUCCUUUCCCAUGAUCUACCUGCGCGUCAAAGAUACGACUGUUAUCGAGGAUGAGGGCUUAUCGUCGAAGUCGGCGAAGGGUUCACCCUCCUUGCCUGAACCAGACCGAAGGUUCGGUUCUGGGUUCGACAAAACACCCCCAAGAACUGGACCGAACCGGACUUCGGCAGCACUAAACCUGGGUCCGAAGCUCAGGAUCUGA